AACCCAAUUUCGCCCACCGAGAUUAAGAGUGGUCCCCAGAGGUGGCCCGAUCCCCAGUGGGAUUUUACCACCCAUUGGCCCGCACUUUUCGAACAUUUUGCCGUUUCAUCUGUUGAUCUCCCCCUUCAUCGUCGUCAUCAGACUGGGAACUUUUAUUUUUCUUUCUUCUUGACACUGGAUAAGCCGCGUUUGUACUGCAGGCCGCGGGCGGCCUCCAUUCCUUGUUUGUAACCGGAACCCAGACCUGCGCUCGUCGGAUCGCCCAGCCGAACCAGAAACAGGACCGGCGUUGACGAUUUACAAUGCGCUUCUUCACUCGUUUUUACGCUCUAAUAGGAGCAGCAUUCUGUUGUGCUCUCUAUAUUGCCUGGGUUCUCCCUUCGCUGAAAGUCCCGGCGCGUGCACAACGACUUUGGACCGGUCAGCCUCGACGUCUUGUCGUCUUUGGCGACGCUUGGAGCGAUGAUGGGGUCUACCCCAUGAAAGCGCCACUCGAGGGCCCCAUCUCUCCGACGGAUGCAAAGAGAGGCAAAGUCUGGACUCAAUGGCUGUCAUCAUCGCUUCACGCUCAACACGACAACUAUGCGCGUGCUUUGGCUGAUUCAUACUAUAACAAUUCCUACGACGGCGCGGUAGUUGACAAUGACCGAUUGAUGCGAUUGCGGUACACAAACGAUACCACUGCGGAACAAGUUCCCGACCUCAAGUCGCAAGUCGAGCACUGGCUCAGCGUGAGGGAGACAUUUCUGUCCGCUGCACCGGAAAAGUUGGUCGACGAGCGGAAUUCUACCGUCUUUGCACUCUUUUUUGGCAUUUGGGACAUUUGGCAUUUCUCAUCGUGGGACGACGGCCCGGCUGAGAUGGCAAUUGACAACAGCAUUGACGUCAUUUUUGAGUCUCUCGACAUCAUCGCCAAAGAAUGGGACGGCCCUGUCAAGGCCAUUAUGCCCCAGGCUAUUGAUCCCACUCUGCUCCCGGCCUGGAAGGCCGUGCGAACAAAUGUCACGGGCAUUUGUGAAGGCUCGGACGUUGCCGCCGAAGAGCAGCGGCGCGCGAUUUCUUUGACCACUCGCUGGAACAAGAAUCUCGCAGAGCGCUCGCGCAAGUGGAAUGGCGGCCGAGUCUUCAUUUUUGAUACCAAUGAGUGGCUUGUCGCUUACAUGCGCGACUACUACAUGUGGUGGCGCGGCGAAUCGGACAUGACUGGUCGAGGCAAAGGCGAUCCCGAAUGGGACGAAGCUCUCGAGCCCUGCUUGUCCGUAGGCCGACACAACAAUGCCACCAACGUGCUCUCCUUGCGAAAAAAGAAGAAGUGCGACAAUCCAGAGAAGUACCUGUUUUGGGACGAAACUCAACUGACAGGAGCCGCACACCAAAAGCUCGCAGAGGUCAUGUCCAAGGACGUUGACGCUCUAUUCGAUGCGAAGCUUAAGAGGAUGUAAACAUGACUCUGGGCCUUGUACAUGGUUGAAAUUAUCGAAAGUAUUGUCUGUCGAUGCUCGUUCUUUUAUUCUGAGGAGGACUGAAGG